UGUGCGUGUCUGUACAAGACGCGGCGGGCACGCGCAGCGGUAGUAGUAGUAUCAAAAAAGGUCGAUAGGGCAGAAAGGCAGAAUACACACGGGAGCUUCACAGUUGGACAGCGGCGUGGCCACGGACUGGACUGAGGGAAGAGUGGACGGGCAGUAAGCAGUGGGUGAGUGAGCAGAAGAGAAAAAUCCCCGAGGACACGCAGCUAGCUUGUAGGUGAAGAUGCUGCCUCUCUCUAUGAGCGUCAUUCUCGGGUGUUGUGGUCGUCUUGGAGAGGUAUCCUCUGCGUGUUGGGGGCUGCCAACACGCAGGACACCUCAAUGAGCACCACAGCACACGAGAACAAUCUCCCCGCAGAGGUAACCGCAGCGGAUCGGUACAGCGUCCCUCCUCCCCCUCUCCCACUCACUGCCCCGCCACCUCCACCGUCACACACGUGCUCGUGGUCGAUGCAGCCACCCCAUCACAGCCAUCUCCAGCCACCGCAGCAGUGGCCAGCUUGGUGGUGGUGGUGGUCUUGUCGACACCGUGGUGUUGGUGUUGGUCGUCUUUGCUGAGUGCGGGUGGGGUGGCGUCGCCCUUGCCCUGGAUGUGCUCGCGGAUCUCGGGGUCGGACUCCAUCAUCGACACAGCGGCGGGGAACAGCGGCCAGAUGCGCUCAACCAACAGCCAGUUGGGCGCCUGCAUGAACGAACGAACAUGCAUCACGUCACGUAGGCACGCACACACAGUGAGGGAGUGGAUCCGUCGAGUCGUGAGCUUCUUGCGCCUCCCUCCCUCCCUGACUCACCGGCUGGCUGUCUGUGGCGGCCCUGCCCCUGCCAGCACACUGCUGCUGCGUCGCCGCCCCAUCGCCGCACCCGCACACGCCGUCGCCCACAGUGUACCUCCGGCCCCUCGCGCGCCGAUGAACAAACGCACUCCCCCCACUGUCGGCGGCGUCGCUCUGCGACAGCACGUCGCUCUCGGACUCGACCUCGAUCUCGCUGUGGGUCUCACAGGUGCUGCUGCUUGAGAGGGUCGUGCAGGUGGGGGACGCAAUCGACGGGGCCUUGCUGCUGCUGCUGCUGCUGCUGGUGGUGGUGGCGGUGGUGGUGGGGGGUGAGGGUGCCCAUGGUGGGAGGGAUUUGGGGAGGGAGGCCUUGAGGGACUCGAUGGCGGUAGCCGACUCGUGCUUGCCCAGGAUCCACGCGGCCAUGUCGAUCUUCGAGAGGAACUCAUCCAGCUGCACCGCACAGCGCAGCACAGCACAGCGCCCCACAUGGUACGUACGCACCAGGUGUGAUUCUGUCUGUCUGUCUGCUGCUUCUGUCUGUGUGUCUGUGUGUCCAGUUGACCUUGUUUUGUAUGAUGCGUCUGAGGAGUGGGUCGUUCUCGACGUCGCCAGUGGCGUGCGAUGCGUCGCCCUGCAUGCCCACGAUGAACGUUGCCGCCACACGAGAGACGUACACAGAUGACAGAUACAAGACGCUCGGGAACACAUCACCUGACACACACAACACGGCAACAAGGCCGGCAGGUGCGUCUCGAAUCAAGUAUAUAAGGGCCCUCCCCUCUCGGCUCUUCACACACAAGACUCUUGAGGGGUCGCUCCCUCCCUCUCACCGUUGGCCUUUCUGCUCUGCAGGACGCAAAGGUACUUGCUGUGCCGCCUCACACACUCGCGGAUGCGCUCCCGCGUGGCCUCGGGGACGUCGCAGCACUCCCCACACAUGGAGGUAAUGGAGCUCAGGGGGCGGCCGAUGAAGGCAAACUCGUCGUACCUGACACACAACACAGAGACACUCGUAAACAACGCACACGCACCCCAACCAAACCCCACCCCUCGCCGCACCGUACAGGGCAGUGCGCACCCACCCAGCCACCACACUCACUCACCCAGUCAUUUUGGUGUAGCCGGGGGAGCAGCCGAUGAGGGGUGCGUCUGGCCUGCGCGGAUCAGAAACUAUGAGGGAGAACUUGAUCCCGCAGACCUGCAUUUCGUUCCGCACAGUCAGAGGUAGCACAGCCACACAGUGUGUCUGUGCCCAGUGUGCCGGCAGCCGCCCUCCUGUACGUACCUUGGGGAGGUGCUCUAUGGCGUGUUCGAUGACCCAUCUGUUCUGCACACCGGGGGAGGGCAGCCUCUCGCCAGGGCUUCUCCGCAUCACACGCCGCAGCGGCAGGCUAGCGCACCGCCGAGGGAAGAGACCCUCCCUGUUCGUCAUGGCGAAGUUUCGCGUGGCUCCCUCCCGUCUUUCUCCCUCGCUGUCACAAACCCUAUAACCCAUACCCUGCAGCGACUCAGCCAGCCUCCUGUGUAGAUCUUGCUUUGACGUGCUUCACAGCCGCUCACACGUCGAUUAAG